GAUCUCGCCUAGCGGCCCUGACAGGCGGGCGUUCUUUCCGGGGGGUUAUGGGAGGGCUCUGGUGUCCGGGAUGGAGGUUCAUCACUUUGUGUGGCCGGGGCUGGAGCCAGCCCGGGUGGUCGGGCCGGACGGUGGUGAACGCAGAGCGGGGUCUUAGGCCGGGGUGGAAUGGGCUCGGAGGCGUGGAGCAGGGACUGAGACGCCUCGGGACAUGGAAGCGCCCGAGCGGGGCCCGGGGUCCCGCCGCGCAGCCGCCACGGCGGCCGAAGAGCAGCAACCCUUUCCAGCGGGCGCAGGAAGACGAGUGGCGGCGGCGGAACAAGACGGUGCUCACGUACGUGGCCGCGGCCGCCGUGGGCAUGCUGGGGGCCUCGUACGCCGCGGUGCCCCUCUAUCGGCUCUACUGCCAGACUACUGGACUUGGAGGAUCAGCAGUGGCUGGGCACGCCUCAGACCAGAUUGAAAACAUGGUGCCUGUUAAGGACCGGAUCAUUAAGGUCACCUUCAAUGCUGACGUUCACGCCAGUCUCCAGUGGAACUUCAGACCUCAGCAAACAGAGAUCUAUGUGGUACCAGGAGAGACUGCACUGGCAUUUUAUAAAGCUAAGAAUCCUACUGACAAACCAGUAAUUGGAAUUUCUACAUAUAAUGUUGUACCGUUUGAAGCCGGACAAUAUUUCAAUAAAAUACAGUGCUUCUGUUUUGAAGAACAAAGGCUUAAUCCACAAGAAGAAGUAGAUAUGCCAGUGUUUUUCUACAUUGAUCCUGAAUUUGCAGAAGAUCCAAGAAUGGUGAAUGUCGACCUUAUCACUCUUUCUUACACUUUUUUUGAAGCGAAGGAAGGGCACAAGUUGGCAGUUCCAGGCUACAAUUGAAGUAGCUCCCAAGACCUGCAUCAGAUUUGCGAUUUUUGGAAAAUCAUGUAUUGUGCUUUCUCAGAAGAGAAAUAUUCUACAGUAAUGUAUUUUGAAACUUGUAUUUUAAA